UGCGCGUUCCUGUGUGGGCAAUCAGUCGCCUACGCACUAAGGUGCAGAUAAAUCAGUAAAGAGCGCUCAUUCUGACAUUUUCUCUUGUCACACACACGUUCACACACUCUCUCGACAUGUCUGACACGGAGCCCAAAUCAGCGCAGGAUUUAACCGUCGUGGUGCAGAGCUUACUGCAGCAGAUGCAGGACAAGUUCCAGACCAUGUCCGACCAGAUUAUCGGAAGAAUCGACGAGAUGAGCACCCGCAUCGACGACCUGGAGAAGAACAUCUCCGACCUCAUGACUCAGGCAGGCGUGGAGGAGUUUGACGGAGAGAAUAAAAUCAGCGAUGCGUCAGGAACAGCUUGAUGAAGACAAAAAGCUGCAAGUCGAAUAAGUGCAUGAGUUACAGCAUACACAGUUUUGGUACCGGAAGAACCCUCGUACGUUUCGGGAGCGUCCUGCGAUCUGUAGCCCGUGUGACGUCAUGGAUGUUCCUCUCUAGGCCCCUUACCCCCCGCCAAAAAUAACCUUUUCCUUAAUUGUGGUGACGAGUAUUUAUUUGUUUAAUCCUUUAAUUCAUGUGUCUCUUCACAAAUUCACGCUGCAGAAAUCCUACGUGCUGAACUUUUACCACAACAGCGAAACAGAAGAACAAAUAGACAUCUUAUUAAACAAACACCUGACGUACUGUGAAUUUACACUCAGAUUUCCAGCAAAUGUAUUGGUGCUGUUCAUACGAGUUUCUGCAAAGAUCACUGGAGAGCUGAUCACUUUAACACCCAGCGUGAUUAACUGUCUCUGAAAUACUGUAAAAGCAUGUUUUCUUACUACAAACAAGCUAAGAUGAGGUGAGACAUUUAUAACGGUUGUAAGGGUUUAAUUCAGUGUUACAGUGUCAACUUAAAAGGUCUUUUCUUGAAUAAAAUGUAUGACAUGAUAAGUUGU